AUGCACCUGGCGUCUGUCCUCGUGAGAAUUGAGAAUGGCAUCGACAACGAUGCCAUCUACCGGGAGGAUGGUGCACUGCCUGUCCAAUCCGGUCCAAUCAUGGAGCGUACAGUAUAUAGACGUCUCUGGAGAGAUCUUCGCCGCCUCGAGACUUACAAGCGCUUCCGCCAUCUCGAGAAGGUCUCGCACGCGGGAACGAAUAGCGCGAUUGGUUGGUUGAGUCCCGGCGUGGAGGCCCUCAGGCAUAUAGCCUGGGGCAAGUUCCCUCUUUUGCCCUCCCCCCCUCUCCAUGUGUCUUCUAUGAACUCCUUGCUCGUGCGACAUCAGCUCAAAUCCCCACGAAUCCAAUGCAGCCACGAGAAGAGGGAGAGACGGACGAAAAGAGGGAGAGACGGACGAGAAGAGGGAGAGACGGACGAGAAGGCUUCCCUACGUUGCGUGGCGACUUCCUCGCGCAGGGCGAUAUUUGGAUACAAAGGUCUCUUACAGAAGCACAGCAUGACUGUGAAAGAUAAAUAUAACCCUAGAUGCUUCUUCGACAUUGAGAUCGGUGCAAUCCCAGUCGGUCGAAUCGUCAUUGAGCUGUAUCAAGAUGUCUGCCCAAAAACCUGUGAAAAUUUUCGCUGCCUCUGUACUGGAGAGAUGGGUUUGGGGCAGAAGACUGGGAAACCCCUGCAUUACAAAGGCUGCCAGUUUCAUCGCAUUGUCAAGGAUUUCAUUAUUCAAGGUGGAGACUUCAGUGCUGGUAAUGGCACAGGUGGAGAAUCCAUCUAUGGAGGAACAUUUGCAGAUGAGAACUUCAAGCUGCGGCAUGAUAAGCCAUUCCUCUUGUCCAUGGCCAACAAGGGCAAGGACACCAAUGGGUCUCAGUUCUUCAUAACCACCAAGCCGACUCCGCACCUCGACGGGGUUCAUGUGGUGUUUGGAAGAGUGAUUCAGGGCCAGGAAGUGGUGUCAAAAAUUGAAGACCUGCCGACAAACCCAACCAACAGCUGCCCAACGAUUGAAGUGACAGUUGCCAACUGUGGGGAGCUCAUUCGGGUUCCCAAAUCUAAGGACAAGUCUGGCAAGGAGGGCGAAAAGAAAAAGAAGAGGAAGAAAGAGAAAGAAGAGAAGAAGAAGAAGAAGAAAAAUAAGAACAAGGAGAAAGAGAAGGACCGUGAUAGCCGCAAAAAUCAAGAGACUCAGUUUCUUUUCAGGGGAAAGAGUGAGAAAGAAAAUACGGUGGAUGAGAAGAUAGAAGGUCAUGAAAGUGAAGAAGAAAGUAAGCCUGAGAAGCCACACCCCCUUGUCACUGUCACUGAAAUAGAUCCUGAUGAGAUUCCUGAAAUCCCGCCUAACAGGUUCUUGAUGCGAAAGACAAGGGAGGAAUUGGAGAGGGAGAAAAAGGAAAAGGCAGGUGAGGUGGAAGAAGGGGAAGUAGAAGCCAAGGAAGUGACUGUAGAUAAAGAUGGACAGAAGACUAAGGAAGAUGUGACACCGGAAAACCAGAGGCAAAAGAAGAGUCGCUAUCGAGGAUUCACAAAGAGUGGUCGGCGUAUCAAGGGCCGAGGACACCUUAGAUAUAGAACACCUUCACGCAGCCGUUCUCGCAGCCGAACCCCACCUCACUGGAAACAGGCACAGAGCCGGGUUAUAUCCCUUUCUGAAUAUCAAGCAGUGGAAUCGGAGCUGCGACGCCGGGAAGAGGAUCGUCGGAAACGGCACGAGGAGAGGGCCAAGCGGGAUGCAGAAAAAGCAGAGAUGGAACGGCAGCGGAGGGAGAAGGAGAGGGAAGAGAGAGCCAAGGACGAAGGAGGGGAGAAGGGGAGUCGCUCUUCACAGUCUCAGCAGCCAGAAAGCAGUCGUUCUAGGGAGAGAAGCACACAGAGACGCCGCCGUCGCUUCAAGGAGGACCCCAGGGAGAGUUCCUCGUCGUCCAUGGAAGAAGGGGAAGUCGAAAGGGGGAAGGGAGGCCUGAGUUCGAUCCCCCAGCUCUACAGCUCGAACGACGAGGACGAGGAGCCCAGGCCCAAAGAGAGGAAGGAGAAGAUUCCGGGCUUGGACGAGGAGGAGGAGGAUUACGGUGGGAGGGAGAGGGAGAAGGCGUUGGUGUCGGAGAUCUUCGUCCCCGUUCACACGACGUUGACCCUCGGAACCGAGAGCAAGAAUCUCAAAAGGCAGAACGAUCUCGAUCGCCCCAAAGUUCAGAAUGACGCGGAUCUACCCCAAGACAAGAACGACGCGGAUCCUUCCCGAGACAAGAACGACGCGGAUCAGGCCCAAAGCCAAAAGGAAACGGCUCAUCCCCUCGGUCAGAGCGACACCUCUCGCUCUCGAGAUCGCAACGAUUCCUCUCGAGAUCGCAACGAUUCCUCUCGAGAUCGCAACGAUUCCUCUCGCUCCAGAGGUCAGAAGAAUGCCUCUCAUUCCUACGAUCGGAACGACGGCUCGCAUUUUCGCGAUCGAAUGGACCCAUCGCGCCAACGAGAUUGGAGGGUCGCGUCUCGACCUGGAAAUCGAAACGACAACGCCUUUCGCUCGCGGGACUGGAGAGACGCGCCUCGGUUUCAAGGCGAUGUAGCUGAUGCUAGACUCAAUAAAGUGUAA